AUGCUUUGUACUAGUACGUAUCCAUUGUUUCACAAAUUGAGAUUUAGUAUGAAACACAUACUCGUUGUGGCUGUGGUCUGGUUUGUGGCCAUUGAUGUAACACAACAGUACUGUUCACAGUUUGGUCGACAGCAUCUGCAACACCAGUGCGUACUGACCCCGGAGUCAGUUGAGGGACCUUUUUAUCUGGACGACCAACUGAUCCGUCGGGACAUACGGGAGGACCGACAGGGGCUGCCUCUUAAACUACGGCUCACUCUGACUGAUGUGAACACAUGUGAGCCGCUGUCCAACGUCUCUAUCGAUGUCUGGCAGUGCGACGCCAUCGGCGACUACUCCGGGUAUAUUCACGCAAACAUCACUCGUUGGGGUCACGCAAAGACUAUAGACAACACCCGGUGGUUGAGAGGCAUUCAAAUGACCGACAAGAAUGGUGUCGCAGAAUUCAUGACUGUAUUUCCCGGUUGGUAUUCUGGCCGGGCCACUCACAUACACAUACUAAGCCAUACGGGCAAUCGGACUAUACAUACGGGUCAGUUGUAUUUCCCGGAGGAAAUGCUCAAACGUAUUGACCGUUUAUAUCCCUAUAAUACCACCAAAAGCCGCCGUCAGACCAAUGAAAAGGACCGGCUGUACAGGAAAUUCAAAGGCGCCAAUUCUAUGUUGGCGAAAUAG